AGUACCUACUUCAAGAAAUGAAUUACUUUCAAUGGAGGAAUUAAAAUCGCUCUCGGUGACAUCACGAGCGCUGACAUUAAUUGGAUGCGCGUCGGCCGAUCGCUCGCCCCACUGUCUCUCUGCCUUCGCUAGCAAUAUCAGCGUAUCUUUUCAUCUCAGUAAAUAAACAAAAAAUGAGUGUUUACAUCGGCGGAUUUAUCUGUGCCCUCGUCUUGGCCGCUAUAGUGGUUGUGUGGAUAGUGUACUGCAUGUUCAUCAGGGAGAGGCAUAAGUCGGAGUUCUAUCACUACAACAUUUCGGAUCUGCAGCGACGGCAGUACGAGCUGUCCGAGGAGACAGAGAAAGAAGUGGAAAAGAAGGAGAUAACUGCAGGUAUAUUUAUAUUGCCAUCCCGUCGCAAGCAAAAGGAUGAGGACUAUGACAAGAGGCCGGACUAUCCGGAGAGCCCUGUGCAUUGUAUGGAGACAGGCACGGAGCAGUUGAUCGAGAUAUUCAACGAUAAUGCCGUAGACGUCCACUACAGGGACGGGAUCAUCGAAAUUGACUCUAAUUCCCCUUAUCAUAGUGAAGUCUAAAGUUUAGUACAUAAUAAAUUCACAAAAUCUUAUAGCAUUCACAGUUCACAUUGUAUGAGUAGGUACUCGAGCACGUGUUAUGCUUCACUUAGCACAUUUUGUAAUUUUGAUAUUAAAGGUAAUGAAACACGGA